AACACCCUUGCACCGAUUUUUUUACGAUCGACAAUCCUUUUUUUUUUGGCAAAUCAAAUUUGGAUUUUAGGUUUCGGUUUUAGUAUUCAAAAUUUGCUGAAGAGAAACUUCAAUUUUUACUAAGCCUUAACUAUAGGCAGUUCUAUAUUAGUAUAUUCCUAGCCGAUAAUGAGUAGAGGUAGAGGAGGUGGACGUCGGGGCUUUGGUGGAAGAAAUGGAUCGGGAUUUGGUCGCCCGAAUUUCUCAAGUGAAUUACAAGCUAUAUUACAUCAAACUCUUUCAAAGGAUCGAAUUUCAAGAACCAAUACCACCUUCUGAAGAUGAACACAAAAUGCUUAACGCAUUGUUUGGAUAUAAGGCAUCCCUUAAAGAUUCAGCUUUCUUUAUAACACCAGCACCUCCCUCACCUGAUAUUCAACGAUAUUCUGAUCAAUUUAAAAAAAAGAAAGCUCAACAUUCAUUGCGAGAUGUUAAGACAGACUUAGCAUUUUUUCCACAUGAGUUACAUAUAGUUAAAGAUGACUCAAUUAUAGUAACAGUUUCCACUGAUGCAAACCAGAAGAAAGUUCAAUUUGAUUUGGAUUUGACAUUUGGACAAUUGUUAGAACAAGAAAGUAAAGAAAAAGCUAAAAAUGUGGAGCAUGGAAAUGAAAAUGAAUUUGAAAAAUACCCAGAUAUGGAGCAGAUUCAAGAAGAUGAAGAAUAUGGUGAUGCUACAGAUUAUGUUGAAAGUUAUUUUGAUAAUGGAGAAACAGAUGAUGCAUUUGAUGAUGAUGGAGGAAAGAUAAUUUUUCUAGUUAUACUAGUUAUAUUUAUUUAGUAUAUAUUAUUAAUAUAUAUAUUUUUUUAUUUUUUAUAGGAGGUGGAGGAGAAGCAUAUUUUGACUAAACAUUGGAAAUCUUUAUUAAAAAUCAUAAUAGAAUUACUGAAAAAUAAUCAAAAAAAAGGAAAGAAAUAUUUAAAUAUUAGUUAAAUUAUAAAUUUUGUAUUAUAUAAAAAAAUAAAAAAAUUAUUUUUAUUAUUAUU